GACCCGAGCACGCUGAUGCGACUAGUCCUCGUGCCUGCGGAUGCGGCAGUUGGGUCCGUCGUCUACCGCGUCCGAGCAUCCGACCCGGACUUUGACUAUCCACUGCACUUCGAACUUAUUGGACAAAUGGGUCGUUUAGACAUCGGCAUCGAGACAUUACCAUGCACGCGUUACAACUCAGUAUGUCAGGCCAACGUGAUACUACUUCGGAGGCUGGAGCCAGGGCGAUACGUGGACUUCAGGCUGUCAGUUCGCAACACCAGAGGGAGAAGUGGGCGGAUCGCCUGCUCCAUUACCGGCACCAACGCCACCACCCCAAGAGACACUAUAUUUCCCCACCAGCCUGGCAUUAUAUUAGUUCCUGAGGACGCAAAACGUGGAACAGAUCUUGAAAUAGUUAUUGCCAGGAAAAAUCCAUUGUCACCGAAGCCGUUGGAGUUAGAACUUUGGGGUUCUCCGCUUUUUGCAAUAAGACAGCGUCGAGUGUCCACUGAGAACACGGAAGGAACGAUAUUUCUCGUUGGACCAUUGGAUUUUGAAGCUCAGUCUAUGUACCACUUGACAUUAUUAGCUGUGGAUCCCUAUGUAGAACUGGGCAAAGAUACUCGAAAUAUUGCUGGGUUAGAGAUAGUAGUUGUAGUUCAAGAUGUUCAAGAUAUGCCACCGGUGUUCACGUCAGCUCCUCCCAUCACUCAUCUGCCGCGGCAAGUCGCGCCUGGGGAUAUGGUAGUAAAAGUUCGAGCUGAAGAUGGAGAUAAAGGAGCACCCCGACAGAUACGAUACGGUCUAGUAUCCGAGGGAAACCCGUUCACACCAUUCUUCAAUAUCAAUGAAACUUCAGGUGAAGUGACUCUAGAGCGACCGAUUGAAGAGAUAGCGGCGAUAUCUCACGCAGGAGCUCCAAUUCUUCUCACAGUGGUAGCAGAAGAGGUACGGCUGUCAAGAGAAGAACCAGAAGCAAUGUCGUCAACUGUGCAGCUCGCCUUUAUAUUGCCAGAACGAGAUAAUUCACCUCCAUAUUUUGAGAAUGAGUCUUACAUCACUUACUUGGAUGAAAAUGCACCUCAAGGAACAGCACUGGUAUUUAAUGAUCCUUACAUUCCGCAAGUUAAUGAUAACGAUGCCGGUAAAAAUGGCGUAUUCUCUCUGUCGUUAGUUGGAAAUAAUGGAACGUUCGAAAUAUCUCCAACGGUCGCGGAGAGGCACGCACAGUUCAUCAUCAAAGUGCGAGACAAUACGAUGCUGGAUUUCGAAGCUCGGAAAUCAGUUAUUUUUCAGAUUUUAGCUCAAGAGCUCGGUCCAGCUACAAACUUGUCUGCAACAGCAAAUGUGACUGUCUAUUUGAAUGAUGUGAAUGAUAACCCUCCUGUAUUCUUGGCUCUUUCUUAUGAUGUAGAGGUACCUGAAAAUGCGACAGCUGCUACAAGAUUAGUACAAGUUGCGGCUGAUGAUGUAGAUACGGGAGCGUUUGGAAAAAUUCAGUAUACUGCCAUACUAGGAUACUUGAACACAUCUUUAAAUUUAGAUCCUAUAUCGGGAGUAAUAACUAUAGCUACAAAUAAUCAUGGUUUCGACCGCGAAGCAAUGCCAGACUUGCAUUUUUUAGUAGAGGCUAGAGAUAAUGACGGCGUAGGUUUAAGAGUAACAGUGCCAUUAAUUAUUAAGUUAUUAGAUGUAAAUGACAACCCACCAGAAUUUGAAAGGUCGCAAUACGAAUUCGUAUUAUCGCCAAGUUUAAAUAAUUUUACUUCAGCGGCUUUCGUAAAGGCAGUUGAUAAAGACGCUGAACCACCAAAUAAUAUUGUAAAAUAUGAAAUAAUUGAAGGGAAUCGGGAAGGAAAAUUGACGAUUAAUGAAGAUACAGGUGAAUUAUAUAUAUUAGAAACCUUAAAAAAGUCAAAAAAACAGAAUGUUUAUAGGCAGAAACGUCAGUAUGAUAGCGAAGAUGAAACUGAAGUUUUCAUGUUAACCGUUAGAGCUUAUGACCUUGGUGUUCCAAAGCUAUAUUCAACGACGACUGUGAAAAUUUACCCCCCAGAAAGUAAGACACGUACGAUGUCUUUUAUCGUACCAGGAGCAAAUCCAGAUCGAAAAAAGUUAGAAGAAGUAUUAAGCACAUUAUCAGGGGGAAAAGUUACAAUAAUAGAUGUAAAACCAUAUCGAGGAAAUGACGAUAAAGGAACAACAGAUCUUAGUGGCCGAGAGUCUGGUCAAGAUAAAAGUGUGGUCACUGCAGUGGUUCGAAUGGCCGGAAACUCAGCAAUUAAUGUUGCAAAAUUACAAGAACAAUUAGCGAAAAAUAUGACUGUGUACACUACAACAACCGUGCAUAAAGAUCAAACAGCAACAGCAGAAGAUAAUAACUCAGGGGUGUAUAGAGCAGAAAGCCGAUUAUUAUUUUGGCUCCUAAUUUUACUAGCAAUAUUGAUUGCUUUAGUUUUACUGUUUCUUAUAUGUUGUUGUAUAUGUGAAGGAUGUCCUCUAUAUAUGCCACCAAGGAAAAGAGUGAUACGUGUCAACUCCACAGAGGACGACGUGCAUUUAGUGGUUCGCGACAAGGGAGUUGGGAGGGAAAACAAGUCGACGCAAAAUAUAGAAAAUAAAUCAAUUCAAGAACCUGAAUGGAGAAGACGGGAAGCAUGGAGCGCUGAACAAACAGAUUUAAGGACGAAACCAACACAGUGGAAAUUUAAUAAAAGGAACUAUAGAUUAAAAGAACCAAGUAAACCGGCAUCAACACCUGGUAAUAUUCGACAGGAAUUCGUACACGCUGCCACAGACAACGAUUACAAAUACGAUGAUACUAGACAUUCUAUCCGCCGCAGGGAUGGACCAAACAUAAUUUAUACUAAAGAAAUGCAACAAAAAGAAGCCUUCGCAAAUAAACACAAAGAAUAUAUUGAAGAUUUGGAAAAUGGUUAUGAUAGAAUUGCUACGCUACACCAUCAUCGUAAGGAACAAGAUAACGAUUCCAUAAGAAGACAUGAAAUAGACAGAGGUUCUGAAGUUGGUGGCUAUGUUGGAUUUGGUGCAGACAAAAACAUACAAGAUAACGUUGAACAUAAUUUGAAGCGCGAGUCUGAUAAAAAUGCCCCCUCUUCUCUUGGUAGAGAUCAAUAUUUUAUUAAAGAAGGGAACACUGAAAUUUUAAGAUUAGUUACUCGAGGCAAGACGGAAGAAGAACGAUAUGUAAACCUUCCCAUCCACACGCAGAGGCCUGUUACAUUAAUACCACAUACGCAAUAUGUUGUAGUAGACAAUGGGAAAGAGUUACUAAUGGAAAGGUUUAUUCGUGAACAAGGUGAAGAAGCCAGCAAUAUAAGAGAAAGAAUGGACAAAAUAGUGACCGAUUUAGAUGACAUUUCAAACGGUAAAGAUAGCAAAAGCGUUGGUCAAAGAUUUAAAGCCGACAUGGAAAAUCAAAAUCAAUCAAAUGAGUAUUCAAAUUUGCGUUUAGAUGUUCCCGGUGCCGUACCCUUAAAGUCUGAUUACUUACAAUCUGCUUUAAUAGAAAUACAAAACAAGUCCUCUAUUCAUCAAGAAUUGUUAGAAUCCUCUUUGCGCAAACAAAAUGAGCUCCUUCACCAAAUUUUAAUAGAGAGAGAUAGAAUGUUACAGAAUCAGGAAACAGCAUCACAAGUAGAAAGCAAAUUAGAAACUCAAAGUUUGCCAGGACACUCGGUCAUGGCUACUCAAACAGAAUGUCACAUAGGCACACAGACAGAAGGAGAUUUCACAACUGAGGUAAAAAGAAAAUCACGAAGUGAUAAUGAUUCAUAUAGUGAAGACGAAUCACAAACUUCAACAGACCAAUUGAAAAAGAUAGCAUGGGUCAAAAAGAAAAAACCUAAAAAGAAAAUGAAAUAUAAAAACCCCAGGCGUAGCAUACGUAUUUAUGAACUUAAAAGAAAGAUUAAGACUCCCAUAAUCGAGGAAAGUGAUGUGUCUCCUUCUUUGGAAAGUGAGAAACAUAUAAAAAUUAGCAAAACAAAUGAAAGAGAAGAACGAAUAAAACACUACGGUGAUGUCACCAAAAGCACAAUAACUACGUCAAAAAAUGAGACUAUGAGUUCUACACAAAUAAAAAAUUCUGAAACAGAUAGAAAACCUAAAAUACGACGAGAAGUCUUAAUGGAAAUUGCCGAUUCACUAGAUGAAAAAAUCGAAAACGAUACCGUCGACAAAAAGAUGAAACUGGAAAAAGGGUCUUAUACUACAAACGACAAUGUUACAAAAGACGUUCAGGAAAAUGAUAGUAGUCAAAGUGGAGGUAGUUUAGCAAGUAAAGAUGAAAGAAAUUUAAUUUUUUCAAGACAAGGAUCUUCGACAGAAGAAAAAGAUCGUUCUGUAGACCAAACCACCGCAAAAUUAAAAACAAAAGUAUCUUUUCCGAAUGUAUCAGAAGAAUCUAGUAAAACAUUAUCUGCAAAAAUAGACCCCCAAAAUGAGUCAGUUAAUGUCAAUGAAUCUGCUAAACCUUCACAGAAAAGCUUACCUAGGUACAUGCAGUGGUAUAAUAAAAAACCAAAUACAACAACAAAAUCAACAUCCUCUGAAAAAACUGUACCAGACAAACCUAAACGGCCGUCGAAAACAAAGAUAGAAUCUGACAAAGAAUUAAAGGAAAAGAAUGGAAGAUAUGGUAAAAUAAUUAACAAAGAAAAUCAAAACCAAACUACAGAAACAAAAAAAAACUUCAAAGAAAAAGAAAGUGAAUUCAUUCACCCCCGUAUAUUAAAAGAAGGAAAAGUCACGCCUGUUCCUGAAGGGCCACUACCUGAUGUUCAUCCAUUAUUGCAACAUUCAGAACAUAGAUAUGAGCAUCAAUAUGAAAACCAAAACCCUCUUUGUUACAUUCAACCAACCCAUAUCCCAAAAUACCUUGGGGGGUCUAACAUUCCUGUAUUGCCACGACGUCAGUCUUUAGAACAGCAACCGAUUUAUGUUAAUCAAGAUGAAGUUAAAAAUAAAGACAAACAGCAAGAAAUUUCAGAAAGUGCUUUAACACAUAGUAUAUCAAUUUUAUCAAACUAUGAAGAGGGUAGGAAAGCUGCACAUGAAGUGCAUGUUUCGAAAAUAAAUAUUGGUGGAGAUUCUGUUGUAGAUAUUAACCAAAGGAAACCGAUAUCAAAAAUUGAUGAUAAUGAUUCAGGUAUUGCUAUGAGCACGCUUGUUCAACAGGCAGGAAACAUCAAACGAUUACCAAUAACGGAGAAAAAAAGCGUUUUCACUAUUGCCUAUGACGAUGUUCAAACAAAGCAGCUCAGGCCUGACAGUAGUUCAACAUCUUAUUAAGCAAAACUUAUAAAAUUUUAUUACCCGUAAACAAGAGUGCCUUAUAGAAGUUAUUUUUCUAUUAACUGUAGAGUUUGUUCCGUCCUAUUUAUUGAAUUAAUCAGGUUUUCAUAACGUUAUAACCAUUGUAAAUAGUAUUUUUUAAAUACUUUUAUUAGGUAAUAUUAUUGAAUCAACUGCCUUUAUUUAUGACUGGUUUAUAAAUAAAAUUACCGUAAGAAACAAUUUAUUGUAAAUAAAUCAUAAUUAAAGACCUUGUAUUACUUAAAUUAAUAAUAGCUUUAAUAAAUCUAUUGUAUAUAAUAUCUUCGUCCAUUAGCCGUACAGUUUCAGUACGCAAUUCUAUAUUUGUUAUAAAAUAUAAAGUUAUAUUAUUAUACACUUA